AUGUUCCACGGCAAUCAAUCUUGCCUCCGCAGGUGCCGGCGGCGGGCGUGGCCGCGGCGGCGCGGUGCAUGGAGAGCGGCCGGCUCUUCCGGCGCGGCGCCGCGUCCGAAGAGGCGACGAUCCGGGCGCCGCGGCGCGCGCCGCGGCCGCCGCGCGGGGCGCGCCGCCCCUUCCGGUCACGCGGCGGCCGCGCGCAGGUAUAACGUGGCGUCCAAGGAGGAGAGCGAGGUGUCGCAGGUCGAGGACGAGUUCGCGGCCUUCACGGGCCACAACUUCGCGCUGGGCCUCAACUCGUGCGGCUCCGCGAUCUUCCUCAUGCUGAAGUGCGCGGGCGCCGAACACGGCGACAAGGUGCUCACGAACGGCUUCACGUUCACGGCCGUGCCCUCGGCCAUCGUCCACGCGGGCUGCGAGCCCGUCUACGUCGAGACGACGCCGGGCUACGUCGUCGACGUGCCCGACCUGAUCAAGAAGAUGGACGCGCACCCGGACGCCAAGUACUUCAUCGUGUCGCACAUGCGGGGCAAGAUCGCGUCCAUGGACGAGGUCCGGGAGGCCUGCGAGGCGCGGGGCGUCGUCCUCCUCGAGGACUGCGCCCACAGCCUGGGCGUGCUGUGGAACGGCGCGCACACGGGCCACCACGGGUCCAUGGCGGCGUUCUCGUCGCAGAGCUACAAGAUGCUCAACUCCGGCGAGGGCGGCUUCCUCGUCUGCGACGACGACUUCAAGUUCGCCAAGGCCAUGGCCUACGCCGGCGCAUACGAGGUCCUCGCGAAGAAGCACGAGCGGUGCCCGUCGCAAGCGGCCUUGGAUGUGGCGAUGGACGGGUCGAUCCCCAACUUCUCGCUGCGCAUGCACGAGGCGACGGCGGCCAUGCUCCGGCCCCAGAUCCUCACCAUCGAGAAGCGGCGCGCCGUCUACAACGAGCGCUACUACCGCAUCGCCGCGCGCCUCGACGCGCUCCCCGGCGUGUCCGUCGAGAGCCAGCGCGACGAGGUCACGAUCGUCGGCGACUCGGUCCAGUUCAACGUCGAGGCGGCCGUCUUCGGCGACGACCUCGAGGCCGGGGCCAACGCCUUCAUCGCCCAGUGCGAGGCGCGCGGCCUGCCCGUCGAGCGCUUCGGCGCGAAGACGAACGCGCGGAACUUCAAGAACUGGCGCUACGGGCCCCAGCCGGACUGCGGGCUGCCGGCGACGGCGGACAUCAUCUCGCGCGCCUUCGACGUGCGCCUGCCCCUCCUCUUCGAGGAGGAGGACUUCGACGUCAUGAUCGAGAUCGUGAGCGAGUGCCUCGACAACGUGCGAAACGGCGUCUUCGUCGUCGACGAGGCGCCCGUCGCCUUCGCCCGCUAG